AAUUCAGGCCCAGGUCAGGAAGUGGAGAAUAUACAAGUUGCAGUUCAGCAUUAUGCUAUACUACAUUUGGCUACAUGAAAGAAUUUCUUGGGUAGAAAGCUUAAGUGCGGAGAUCCAUGCAAGAAUGUCGUGCACACUUCAUUUGUCUAAUGCAGGAGCCUAACCCUUCUUGUGGCGAGAUUCCAUAUCGUCUGAGGUCACAAAGGGAAACCCUUUUUGUUCUGCUGUUGUGAGACACCUUAAAGCUAUACACCCUUUCAUUACAAUCCAACUCAAGUUUACCCAUAAGCACAAUAGAUCUAUUUGCUAACUGGAGAGGGUUAAGCCCACCACUCGUAGCAAUGGGAAAGAUGGUUCCUAUUUGUCUAGUGUUGUGUAUUUGGAGGGAAAGGAAUGAUAGAAAUUUUGAGGAUUGAGCGAGGAUAUUGGAGGGGCUUAAAAUGUUCUUUCUCAAUACUUUGUUCCUUUGUGCAGCCACUAUAGAUUUUAAUGAAAUUUCCAUUAUUUUCUUGUGUCUUUUGUUUUAGUGUUACUGUUGCAUGUGUUGCGUAUUUGGGCUAUGCCUAUUGCAUUUUGUAAUUGAAUUUUAAAUUGCUUAUAAAAAAAUACCUACAGCCUACCAAAGUUGGAUUGUAGGCCGUCCUGUCUAUACCAAUGUUAUUGGCCUUCUUGCAUCAGUUAGGUAUCACUCUCUUGGAUAUCCUGCUAUAUGAUUUCAUUUUAAGUAUUGUGAUUUUCAUAUGAGAUCAUAAACCGUUUGGUUUAUUACCAACUACUUUACAUGAAUUAAUUUCCAAAAUACUUGGUUUGUUACUGGGCUGAAUUUUGUUGGGCAAUUAAUAAACAUUUUUAUUGGAAAAGACCUAGUGCACAUGAGAAGAAUUGGCCAAGAGUCAAUGAAGAUUCAUUCAACCUUGGUAGAGCUAUGUAUCUCAAUACCAAUCAUGUUCUUUAUGAUGCGGUCAGAAAAGCUGAGCAAGAGGAUCAUCUGCUCACAGAAGAAGCUCAAAGGGCAGCCCAAUACCUACGUGUUGACUUUGAGAGGGGUGGAAUCCAUCUCUCUUCUGAUAAAUUAGAUCGAGUGAAUCAACUAAAUAUAGAGAUUUCUCAGCUAUGCAGGGAGUUCAAUGAAAAUAUUAUCAUUGACCCAGGUUCUGUGGAUAUAUUUCCUUCAUCACGCAUCCCCAGAAGUUUGCACCAUCUUCUUAAGCCCGUCUACUGUUCCACAUCUAUUAUACCAAAGAAGUUGCAGCCUAGGGAUACCCUGAAAGAGAAGGGAUUUCAGAUAACAACAGACCCACAUACUUUAUCUUCUGUUCUACAAUGGGCACAGGACGAUGAGGUUAGGAAAAUGGCCUAUGUCAAAGGCAACUCUGUCCCGAAUGCAAACCUUGGCAUUCUUGACAAGCUUAUAUCUGCCCGCCAUGAACUCGCUCAGAUAAUGGGGUGUAGAUCUUAUGCCGAGUUUGCUGUGAAGCCUAACAUGGCUUCCUCACCAGCAGUUGUGAUGUCCUUUUUGCAUGAGAUGAGUGAGAUGGUCCGUCCCAGGGCUGAUGAGGAGUUUAAGAAAAUUAGGGCUUUCAAAGGGGAAAAAUGUGGUAUAAAAUUUGGAGACUUAGAGCCAUGGGAUGAGGCAUACUAUACAUCAUUGAUGAAGUCUUCCACCUAUACCUUGGACUCUUCGGUUGUGGCAUCUUAUUUUCCUUUGCCGCAAUGUAUUGAGGGUUUGAAAGUGCUGGUGGAGUCAUUGUUUGGUGCAACAUUUCGUAGCAUUCCGCUGGCUCCCGGUGAAUCAUGGCAUGAAGAUGUGCUUAAAUUGUCACUUUAUCAUCCAGAAGAGGGUGACUUGGGGCAUCUGUACCUUGAUUUAUACUCAAGGAAGGGAAAAUAUCCUGGUUGUGCUCAUUUUGCAAUUAAAGGGGGCCGCAGGAUUUCCGAAUCAGAGUACCAACUUCCUGUUGUAGCACUUGUUUGCAAUUUUUCUGGUUCAUGUAAUCCAUCAACCGUGAGGCUUAACCACUGGGAAGUAGAAACUCUUUUUCAUGAGUUUGGACAUGCUCUUCAUUCAUUGCUUUCAAGAACGGAUUACCAACAUUUUUCAGGUACCAGGGUGGUUCUUGAUUUAGCUGAAACACCUUCAAACCUCUUUGAGUACUUUGCAUGGGACUAUCGAGUCUUGAGGACAUUUGCUAGACAUUAUUCAACUGGUGAAAUAAUUCCUGAGAAGUUGGUGGAGUCAAUGCAGGGUGCCAGAAAAAUGUUUGCUGCUACUGAAUUGCAACGUCAGAUCUUUUACGCCUUAAUUGACCAAACACUCUUUGGGGAGCAGCCAGCCUCACCAACAGAUACAAGCUCUGUUGUUGCCGAUUUGAAAAGACAAUAUACUAGUUGGAAGCAUGUGGAGGGUACACAUUGGCAGACCCGAUUCAAUCACCUCCUGAAUUAUGGUGCAGGUUAUUACAGCUACUUGUAUGCCAAAUGUUUUGCUGCAACUAUUUGGCAAAAGCUGUGCCAGGAGGAUCCGUUAUCUUUAACCACCGGAACUGCCCUAAGAACAAGACUUUUACAGCAUGGGGGAGCCAGAGAACCAGCUAGUUUGUUGAAAGGUCUUGUAGGAGAUGGCAUUUUAAGAUAUUGUGAUGGAGGAAUUGUUCCAGACGUAAGGAGCCUUCGUGAUGAGAUGAGAUUGAGUGAAGGUGUUUGAGAGUGGCUCCUUUCGUCACCGGUGGAUGUGAAAUUAAACACUGAAAAUAGGAAGGGAUCGGGUUGGAGAAGAUUGGAGGGAGAAAACAAAGGUACCCAUGGAAGGUGAGACAGCUUAUGUACCGGACUAAUAACUGUUAUGCAGGGAUGCCUUGGGAAAGUUAGUUUGUGAUGGCAUCCCGGCUAAUCAACUUGAGAGGAACUCAAAAAAUUGUUAGCAAGUUUUAGUUGUAUGCUUGGACAUAUUUGUCAGCCGUCUCAAAUAUACAUGCAGAGCCCGGCAUUACUUAUUUAUCAGGAAAGAAAGAGAAUGUCCUUCCAUUUCGGUCUUUUUUGGCUCAUUGGGAAGAGAAGGCAGAGGAGGUGAUAUCUUUCAUGACAUGUUCGACAUGACUUUUAGUUGCAGCACAUAUUGGCCAAGAAUUCUCUAAUGUGGAAUCGUGCCUCAAUUGCACCUUUAGACCAACCGACCCUUUUCAAUAAUUUUUCCAGCUCACUUAAUUUACUCGUAUUUUUUCAUUAUUACAAGAUGCAUGAUCUUAAAUUUUUCA